GAGGAAGUGAAUCAAAACGUAGCAAAGGAGUUGAGGAAAUAGGGUUUUAGGUUUUCCUCCAUAGCUAGAGCUCCAGAGACCUUGAAACCUCAGCAGCCAUGGCGAGCACGAAAGUUCAAAGGAUUAUGACACAACCCAUCAACUUGAUUUUUAGGUUUCUCCAAAGUAAAGCUAGGAUCCAGAUAUGGCUCUUUGAGCAGAAAGACUUGAGAAUUGAGGGGCGAAUUACUGGUUUUGACGAAUACAUGAAUUUGGUGCUGGAUGAUGCUGAAGAAGUGAGCAUCAAGAAGAAGACCAGAAAGUCACUCGGGAGGAUAUUACUUAAAGGAGACAACAUCACUUUGAUGAUGAACACGGGCAAGUGAGGAACUGUAUCGAAAAUCCGUAUGCGUGUAUUGGCAUCUCGGAUGAAUGUGUAGAUUGAACUUCCUGGUUUCUCGGAACUCUCUAGAUGAUUGGAUUGCUGUUUUCUUUCACCUUAGACUGGUUCUUGACACUGUCGCCUUGUAGUGUCGAUACUGAGGUUAAGAAUCCGAUGAUCAGAUUCUUUUUUCAAUGGCUUGUUCUUUGAUCUGUGUUCUUGGUGCUUUUGGGGAUUGGUCCA